CCUAUUUUUAUAUGCAGUUCUAUUUUAGUAAUCUUAAUAUGGGACUCAAAAACGGUUUAGUAGUUUUUCUUUUGUUGGAGCUGUUUAAAGUAAAUGCUGCUGAUAAUGGACCUGAAGUACAGACCCCAUUGGGUCGCAUACGAGGGGUUUAUAAAAAGUCAUCCGAAGGAUACACAUACAGCUCCUUUGAGGGAAUACCUUAUGCGAAACCACCAAUUAAUGAACUUCGUUUUGAGGAACCUGUUCCUGUCGAACCGUGGAAGGAAGUGAUUGAUGCGACAAAGUCUUCUGCCUGUCCACAGCGAGAUAUUAAAGGACUGGGACCUGUCAUUGGAGAAGAAGAUUGCUUAUAUCUUAAUAUAUACGUACCAGGUGAAGUGGAUCCUAAAAACAGUUACGAUAUACAAUUCUUCAUUCACGGAGGUUCAUUAAUGAUAGGCUCUGGUCAAUUGGCAAGCGAUUCCUUUAUGAUGGAUAAUCAAAACGUGAUUUUCGUUUCAUUCAACUACAGAUUAGGGCCACUAGGAUUUUUAUCAACGGAAGAUAACGAAGUACCGGGAAACAACGGCAUGAAGGAUCAAGUGAUGGCUCUUAAGUGGUUAAGAGAUAAUAUCCACUCAUUUGGAGGAAAUCCACAAUCUAUUACCAUAACUGGAUUCUCAGCAGGAGGAUCAUGUGUUCAUCUUCUGUAUUUAUCACCUUGGUCAAAAGACCUCUUUGUUAGAGGAAUUUCUAAUAGCGGUUCAGCUAUCAGUCCUUGGUUUCUUAAAGAAAAACCUCUAAUAUUUGCCCAAAAACUGGCUGCAGAUGUCGGCUGCCCCACAUCACCCACAUCAGCAUUAAAAGCUUGCCUGAAAGAAAAACCUGCGAAUCUAUUGAUGGAACAAAUCGAGAAUUUUAUGGAAUAUGUUCAUUUGCCCAUGUCUCCUUUCGGUGUUGUAAUUGACACAUGGGCAAACAAUUCUUUUUUGCCCGAACACCCUUACAGUUUGUUGGCCCGUGGGAAAAUGUUGGAUUUGCCAUGGAUUGUUUCAGUUAAUAGAAAUGAAGGAAUAUUUCCAAGCGCAUAUUUUUGUACAAAUCAAGAAGGUAUAAACAGAGAUUUUUUUGAGAAAGCCCACUUAUUGCUGGACUAUAACUAUACAUAUCCAGAGAAAGAUAGAAAAAAAUUUGCCACGAAGAUCAAAGAUUUCUAUUUUGGACAAAAUGAUAUAAGUGAAGAAAAUUUUGAUAAGUUGACGCAGAUGUUUGGUGAUCGGUUAUUCAUGUCUGGUAUCGAAAUCGCCGCAAAGCUACAAGCUAAAGCUAAUAAAGAAUCAGUUUAUGUAUAUUUCUUCAAUUAUGAUGAAAGUACCAUUAAAUUGGCUGACUUUUUGUGCCCACAACGAAAAGUUAGUGGUGUUGCCCAUUGUCAGGAUACUGUGUUUGCAUAUGGAUGUUUCGUAUUUCAUGAUUUAGCCGAAAGUGACAAACAUAUGAAGAAAAUAUUUAAUAUUUUUAUGAAUUCGUUUAUUACUAAAGGGAAACCUUUUAUUAGUGAGAACUUAGAAUGGCUACCAACCAAAGGAAACAAUCUGUCGUUUCUGAAUAUUACUAACUUUGACAAUAUUAAAAUGGAUACAGCAGCUUCAUUGUAUCCCACAGAUGUCUGGUCUGAAUUAAAUAAAUCUGAAUUCCAGAAUUAGGAUGUCCAAAUGAAGAGGAAGAAAAUAACAAAUAAUAUAACAAAAUUUUGUAGUAUAGAUGAAUUGUUAUUAAACAUUUUUAAAUAUCUUUUUCCUGUAAGUUUUUUUUAGUUUAGUUCUACUUUUAAAUUUUUGUUGUAUAUUGUGAU